AUGGCGAUCAAGAAGUCGAACAAGCUAACACAAACCGCGAUUUUGAAACAAAUCGUGAGAAGGUGUUCGAGUUUGGGCAAGAGAAACGGGUACGAUGAAGAUGGGCUCCCGGUAGACGUUCCGAAAGGGCAUUUCGCGGUGUAUGUGGGCCAAAACCGAGCCCGGUACAUUGUACCCAUCUCGUUCUUGGGACGCCCCGAAUUCCAGGGCCUUCUCAGGCAGGCCGAGGAGGAAUUUGGGUUUGAUCACGACAUGGGUUUGACCAUCCCUUGUGAGGAGGUUGACUUUCUUUAUCUAACUUCCAUGCUGAGGUGA